AUGUCUUCUGCAGCAAUAACAGUUCUAGCUUUCCUUUUCAUCACUUUCACAUACUUUUUAUUCACAUUCUUCUCUAAUCCAAAACACAAAAAGCCACCAGGUCCACCAGCUCUUCCAAUCAUCGGAAACCUUCACCUGUUAGGCAAACUUCCACAUCGAGCACUUCAAUCACUCUCCAAAAAAUAUGGUCCAAUCAUGUCCAUGCAACUUGGUCAAGUACCAGCUGUUGUCAUUUCAUCUUCAAAAGCAGCAGAACUAUUUCUCAAAACUCAUGACUUAGUUUUUGCAAGCAGACCAACGACUCAAGCAUCUGAUAUCCUGUAUUACGGUUCCAAAGGGUUGGCUUUUUCUGAAUAUGGUCCUUAUUGGCGUAGUCUGAGGAAACUUUUCACUUUGAAACUUCUUACUGCUUCCAAAGUUGAGAUGUUUGCUCCUAUUAGAAAACAAGAGUUGGGUGUUUUGGUUAAAUCAUUGGAGAAAGCUGCUUUAGCGGGCGAGGUUGUGAAUGUUAGCGAGGCUGCAGAGAACGUUAUAGAGAAUAUUGCGUAUAAGAUGGUGCUAGGUAGGAGUAAGUAUGAGGAAUUUGACUUGAAGGGGUUGGUUCAACAAGCAACGUCUUUGUUUGGAGCUUUUAAUCUUGCUGAUUAUGUUCCUUGGCUUGGCAUACUUGAUAUUCAGGGAUUAACACGAGCUUGCAAAAAAGCCAAUAGAGCAGUUGAUGAUGCACUAGAGGUGAUAAUAACACACCAUGAACAAGUUACUAAUGUAGACAAAAAUCGUCACGAAGAUUUCAUGGACAUACUUCUUUCAAUUGUAUAUCAAGCUACUGAUGAGGAGAAUGAACCAAAUAAUGUUCUUGAUCGAACUAACAUCAAAGCUAUUUUACUCGACUUGUUAAUAGCAACAAUUGAUACAUCGUCUACUGCAAUUGAGUGGACUUUAUCUGAACUUGUCAGGCAUCCAAGAGUCAUGAAAAUCUUGCAAAAUGAAAUACAAAAUGAAGUGGGAAAUAAAAGAAUGGUUGAAGAAAAAGAUUUGAAGAAGUUGAAUUACUUAGAUAUGGUGAUUGAUGAAGUCUUAAGACUUUAUCCAAUUGCACCCUUACUAAUCCCUCGGGAAUCUAGGGAGAGCAUAACAAUUGAUGAUUAUUUUAUAAAAGAAAAGACACGAGUUCUAGUAAAUGCAUGGGCAAUAGGAAGAGAUCCUAAUGUUUGGUCUGGAAAUGUUGAAGAAUUCUAUCCAGAGAGAUUCAUUGAUAAGAAAAUGAAUUAUCUAAAACAAGAGUUUGAAUCAAUACCGUUUGGUUCUGGUCGUAGGGGUUGUUCUGGAAUUCAAAUGGGUUUAACUACAGUUAAAUUUGUUGUAGCCCAAUUGGUGCAUUGUUUUAAUUGGGAACUUCCAUAUAAUAUGAAUCCUUCUAAUUUAAGCAUGGAGGAGAAAUUUGGACUUACUAUGCCAAGAGCUCAACAUUUACACGCAAUACCCACAUAUCGUUUGGUUGAGGUCGAGCUUGAAUAA